AUGGUGAACUUCACGAUCGACGAGAUCCGGGCGUUGAUGGACAAGCCGACCAAUGUCCGGAACAUGUCGGUCAUUGCCCACGUCGACCACGGAAAGUCCACCCUGACCGAUUCCCUGCUGGCUAAGGCCGGUAUCAUCUCCACCGCCAAGGCGGGAGAUGCACGAGCAACAGAUACUCGUCAGGACGAGCAGGAGCGUGGUAUCACCAUCAAGUCUACCGCCAUUUCCCUGUUCGGCCAGCUCGAGAACGACGAUGAUAUCAAGGACAUUGUCGGCCAGAAGACUGACGGCAAGGACUUCCUUAUCAACCUGAUCGACUCGCCCGGUCACGUUGAUUUCUCCUCUGAGGUCACUGCUGCUCUUCGUGUCACUGAUGGUGCUCUCGUCGUCGUCGACACCGUCGAGGGUGUCUGCGUCCAGACCGAGACUGUCCUUCGUCAGGCUCUUGGUGAGCGCAUCAAGCCUGUCAUUGUCAUCAACAAGGUCGACCGUGCUCUUCUCGAGCUUCAGGUCUCCAAGGAGGACCUGUACCAGUCCUUCUCGCGUACCAUUGAGUCCGUCAACGUCAUCAUCUCCACCUACAUCGACAAGUCCCUCGGUGACGUCCAGGUUUACCCCGAGAAGGGUACCGUUGCCUUCGGUUCCGGUCUUCACGGCUGGGCCUUCACCAUCCGCCAGUUCGCCGUUCGCUAUGCUAAGAAGUUCGGUGUCGACCGCAACAAGAUGAUGGAGCGUCUGUGGGGUGACAACUACUUCAACCCUGCCACCAAGAAGUGGUCCAAGUCUGGAUCCCACGACGGAAAGCAGCUCGAGCGUGCUUUCUGCCAGUUCAUCCUUGACCCCAUCUUCAAGAUCUUCUCGGCUGUCAUGAACGCCCGCAAGGAGGAGAUCGCCACCCUCCUCGAGAAGCUUUCCCUCAAGCUUCCCGCUGACGACCGCGACAAGGAGGGCAAGCAACUGCUCAAGGCCAUCAUGCGCACCUUCCUGCCGGCCGCCGACUCCCUGCUGGAGAUGAUGAUCCUGCACCUGCCUUCUCCCGUUACCGCCCAGAAGUACCGCUGCGAGACUCUGUACGAGGGUCCCCCUGAUGAUGAGGCUGCCAUUGGUAUCCGUGACUGCGACCCCAAGGCUCCUCUCAUGCUGUACGUCUCCAAGAUGGUGCCGACCUCCGAUAAGGGCCGUUUCUACGCCUUCGGUCGUGUCUUCUCCGGUACCGUCAAGUCCGGUAUCAAGGUCCGCAUUCAGGGCCCCAACUACGUCCCCGGCAAGAAGGAGGACCUGUUCAUCAAGGCCAUUCAGCGCACUGUUCUCAUGAUGGGUGGCAAGGUCGAGCCCAUUGAUGACAUGCCUGCCGGUAACAUUGUCGGUCUGGUCGGUAUCGACCAGUUCCUGCUCAAGUCUGGUACCCUCACCACCAGCGAGACCGCCCACAACCUCAAGGUCAUGAAGUUCUCCGUCUCUCCUGUCGUGCAGCGCUCCGUCCAGGUCAAGAACGCCCAGGAUCUGCCCAAGCUUGUCGAGGGUCUCAAGCGUCUGUCCAAGUCCGACCCUUGUGUCCUGACCACUACCAACGAGUCUGGCGAGCACGUCGUUGCCGGUGCCGGUGAGCUUCACUUGGAGAUUUGCCUCAAGGAUCUUGAGGAGGACCACGCUGGUAUUCCCCUGAUCAUCUCCGACCCCGUCGUCGCCUACCGUGAGACCGUCACCGAGAAGUCGAGCAUGACUGCUCUGUCCAAGUCGCCCAACAAGCACAACCGUCUGUACAUGGUUGCCGAGCCCAUCGAUGAGGAGCUUGCCCUCGCCAUCGAGGCUGGCAAGGUCAGCCCUCGUGACGAUUUCAAGGCCCGUGCCCGCACUCUGGCCGACGACUUCGGCUGGGACGUCACUGACGCCCGUAAGAUCUGGACUUUCGGACCCGAUACCACCGGCCCCAACCUGUUGGUUGACCAGACCAAGGCUGUCCAGUACCUGAACGAAAUCAAGGACUCUGUCGUCUCUGGUUUCCAGUGGGCUACCCGCGAGGGUCCCGUCGGCGAGGAGCCCAUGCGCUCGGUUCGCUUCAACAUCCUGGAUGUGACUCUGCACGCCGAUGCCAUUCACCGUGGUGGUGGUCAGAUCAUCCCCACCGCUCGCCGUGUCCUGUACGCCGCUACGCUCCUUGCCAACCCCGCUCUCCAGGAGCCCGUCUUCCUGGUCGAGAUCCAGGUGCCCGAGCAGGCCAUGGGUGGCGUCUACGGUGUCCUUACCCGCCGUCGUGGUCACGUCUUCAACGAGGAGCAGCGCCCUGGUACUCCUCUGUUCACCAUCAAGGCCUACCUGCCUGUCAUGGAGUCCUUCGGCUUCAACAGCGAUCUGCGCCAGGCCACCUCCGGCCAGGCCUUCCCCCAGAUGGUCUUCGACCACUGGCAGACCCUGCCCGGUGGCUCGCCGCUUGACCCCACUUCCAAGGUCGGCCAGACCGUCCAGGAGAUGCGUAAGCGCAAGGGUAUCAAGGUCGAGGUUCCCGGUGUUGACAACUCGACGACUCGAGCAAAGGCUUUGUCGAGGGAAACGAAGAUGCUGUUCCCAGAGGAGGAUACGCCUCUCCUCAAGGCCUGGAUUGUCAAGCGUCUCGAGAACACAAAUGGUUACAGGUCCGACGCCGAUCCCGAUGUCUUGGCUGAUUACAUGCUCGCGCUGCUGGGUCACGAUGCAGACCCUGCCGGCGUCCGCAAGAUGUGCGAGGAGGAAAUGCCCGAUUUCCUAGGAGAUGGUACGUGCUCUGCAUGCGGAUUUUCACGCUCUCCAAGUAUCCUCCGAGUUAGGAACAAGGCCGCUGACUCCGGGGGUGUUCUGGUGCCCACAGACACGACCGCAUUUCUCAACGAUGUCUUCGAAGCAGUCACUUACAGGUCGUACCGUCCCGGCGCUCCGCCACCACCGCCCAAGCCAGCUGCGCCGCCCAUGAUGUCGCAACUGCCCCUGCCCACGGCUAGCGGUGUUAUCGUCCCCGCGGCCGGCCUCGACCAGUCCCAGAGUAGCGGUUCGAGAAAGCGGUCCUUCCACGAUGACAUGGGCGACGGAAGCGGCGGCGGCGGCGGCGGUAGAUCCUCCAAGCAACAACGUCGCGGUGGUUUCGGCGCUCGCGGAGGAAGGGGCGCGAUGGGCGGCCGAGGCGCGCAUUCGAAUUUCCAGAAUGCGCAGCCCUUCGGACAAUUCCCUGUGGCCGGCUUCGACCCGGCAGUCAUGGAGUCCAUCAUGAAGAUGCACCAGAUGGGAAUACCGAUCCCGCCCAUGCCCGGCUUCGACUCGCCACAACAGCAGGGCGCAUACGGGAGGGGACAAGGGCCGAGAGGUCAGCAGCCGCGUAGGAGGGGCAAGUGCAGAGACUACGAGAACAAGGGGUUCUGCACGAGGGGCAACAGCUGCAUGUAUGAGCAUGGCGAUAAUUCCAUCUUUGUCCCUGGUGGUACUUCCGCCGAAGAGUAUGACCCCAGUCAGGUCAGCCUGAUGAUGGGCAACAACGAGAGCGACAAAGCGCAGUUCACGCAAUCUGGACGAGGCGGGCGCGGUCGUGGUCGAGGAGGGAAUGCCCGAGGGCAGGAUCGGCACAGCCAAAAGCAGCGCCGGGGCAGAGCCCCCUUCUCAGCUGAUGGCCCUAUUAACGACCGGAGCAAAUCGACUGUGGUGAUUGAGAAUAUCCCCGAAGAGAAUUUCACCGAGGAAGAGGUUCGGUCCUACUUUACGCAGUUUGGAAACAUCCAGGAGGUGUCGAUGCAGCCGUACAAGCGACUCGCGGUGGUCAAAUUCGACAACUGGAACUCGGCCAAUGCCGCAUACCGUUCCCCCAAGGUCAUCUUUGACAACCGAUUUGUCAAAGUGUUUUGGUACAAAGACGACGCCUCCGCCGGCGUGGUGCCAGCCUCCAAGGGAGCCAGCGGCCAGGCGAACGUCAGCAAGGACGUGAUCAUGGGAGAGAAUGGUCAAGAGGGCGAGGCCGGCGAAGGUGAAGCGCCGCUCGACAUGGAAGAGUUCAGGCGGAGGCAGGAAGAGGCGCAAAAGACCCACGACGAAAAGCUGCAGAAGAAGCAGGAGCUCGAGCGGCAGAGACAGGAGCUCGAGGAGAGGCAGAGAGAACUGCUUGCGAAGCAGCAGGAGGAGAAGCAGAAGCUGUACGCCAAGAUUGCUGCCGCUAGCGGCAAUGGAGCAGCAGCAACGAGCGAAACCGGCACUCCUUCCUCGUCGACGGCGAACGGCGGGCCGCCGAGCAAGAGCGGUGGUCAACCAGGGUCGCAGACCGAGAUGCUGCGCGCGCAGCUCGCCGCCCUAGAGGAGGAGGCCAAGUCGUUGGGCAUCGACCCCAACGCCGUGGAAGACGACGCCGCGUCCCCGUGGCCGGGCUCUUUCCGGGGUCGCGGCCGCGGCCGCGGGGGCUACUACCGCGCCCGGGGCUUCGCGGCGCGCGGCGCGCGAGGAGGCGGGCCUCGCGGCGGCGGCGGCGGCGGAUCGCCGCACCAGGCCUACGCCGCGUACUCGCUCGACAACCGGCCGCGCAGGGUGGCCGUGUCGGGCGUCGACCUGUCGGUGCCGGAGCGCGACGAGGCCCUGCGGCAGCACCUGCUGGGCAUCGGCGACUUCACCGACAUCAGCUUCGCCGCCGACGGCAGCGGCGCCGCCGAGAUCACCUUCAAGGACCGCCGCACGGCCGAGAAGUUCUUCUACGGCCUGCCCCCCGCUGCUCCUGCUGCCGGCCCCGCCGGCGCCAAUGCCAAGACCAUCCCGGGCGUCGAGGGCCAGGUGGAGCUCAGCUGGGUCGCCAACACGGGUCCGGCACCGGCGCCGGCGCGCGCGACGGCGACGGCGACGGGCGACAACAAGACGGAGGUCAAGGACUUUGGUGGUGGUGGUCAAGGUGGUGUUGCCAAGACCGCCGGCGGCGACGGCGAUGCUAACGGCGACGUCGCGAUGGAUGGCGACGACAACAGCAACCACAACGGGCGCAGAGACACGGGGGUCGCGGCGCACCAGGACCAGCGACAGGCGGCGGAUAUGGACUACGACGUCGCUGCCGAGGAGGACUUUGACAUUGGCUAA